GAGGUGCAUGAGAGCAACUCAGGGAAUGGCCACAUCAUCAAGAGGAGCUCCCCUUCAGCUACCGACAGCUAAGAGUGUGAUAGUUUACCGAAAUGGAGAUCCGUUCUUCACUGGCAGAAGGUUUCUCAUCAACAAACAAGUCUCCACCUUUGACACUUUCCUUAACCAAGUCACCAAGGGCAUUAAUGCACCCUUUGGGGCUGUCAGGAACAUCUACACCCCUAAGGAGGGACACAGAGUCUUUGACCUGGAUGAUCUGGAGAAUGGAGCCAGCUAUGUAGCAGCAGGAGUGGAAAAGUUUAAAACCUUGGAUUAUUUGCAAAUUACAACUAAGAAGCCACAAAGAAAGACAAAUGAAAUGAUUCGACCAGUUGUUCACAGCCGCAUUAUUGUUUCUGCACGAUGGAGAAAGUACAACUAUGAACCGUGUACUAUCAACAUUUUUACCAAUGGAGACCUGCUGAUACCCCCUGUGAGAUUACUUCUACCAAAGUAUACUAUUCAAGACUGGAAUCGUGUUCUUGCCUUGAUCACAGAAAAAGUUCACUUGCGCACUGGAGCUGUUCAGAGACUCUGCACAUUAGAUGGAAGAUCGUUGUUAGGCGCAGCUGAAUUAGAGAACAACCAAUAUUAUGUGGCCGUGGGAUCAGAGAAAUUCAAGAAGCUGCCCUAUUAUCAAGCCUUGCCCAGUAUCACCUUAAGGCCCACUGGCAUAGGAUUUCACUCCGAUCUGCUUCCUCCAAUCAGAAGAGGUCGAAAGGUCAGAGGAAGGUAUGAGCUACAGGAAGUUUCGCAUGGUGGAUCAAGUGAUUCUGGAUUGUUGGCCUCUCCCCAACAGUCUGAAGGUGAUAGCUCCCAUUCUACAACAGAUGGACAAGUGCUUGUGGGACCUCCACAAACAAUACAAGGGCAGUCAAAAGAUCUGGAAGCAAAGCCAUCCAGGGAGAAAAACUCUAUUUUCCGUGCAAAGCCCAUGAAGGUCAAACACCACAAACAUUCAGCCGGUCCUUUGGCAGAAUAUGAAGACAAUGGUGUGUUUAAAGCUCAAGAUACUCGGAAAGAAACUGAAGGUGCUGCUGAGGUGAGAGAAGAUGCAGAUAUGAGGGUGGAUCUACCUAUUGAUCAGAUGGUGUUGGGUUUAUUGAAAGGGAGUUCAAGCACCCUCCGAUCCCGAAGUGACCACAUGAGACUCAGUCUUCUUUUCACCGGCUUUAUUCAAGCAUAUGCAGGGGAGCUGCAUCCAUUCAACAAAAUGGUGCACAGCUCCAUGAUUGAUUACAUUCAACUACUUUUGUACUAUUUUCUUAUCACAGUACAUUUGAAUACACCAAAUCAGUAA